AUGAGAUUGGUUGCUCUGUUAAUAUUAAUUUCAAUAAUUGGAAUUGAAGCAUAAAGUUCUGCAUCGGCUCCUACUACUGUACCAAAUUGGGCUAGCUCAUAAGGAUUCACAGACUUUGGCAACUGUUCAAAAGCAGCUAUAAAUAAUGAUCCUUGCCAAUCUGUAGCAUCAGGAAGUUAGACUUAAUGUCAAACAAAUGGCGGUAAUUAUCUUAUUUGUUAUACAGCAUGCUUAAACUAAGCAAGUUAUUCCAGUUUUAGAACUUGCACAAAUGCUUGUGAUAGCACUUUAAAAACUGCAGAUUCGACAACUUUUUCUGGCUUUAUUACAACAAUGGAUACAUGCUUUAGUAAGUUAAGUAGCAAAUUAUUGACUUUAUAUGUUUUGGUAUUUGCUAUUUUUGGCUUACUUAUUUGA